UCUCAGCAUUUAUUAUCAAAAAAUAAUUGAACACAAGUCAAAUUUUAAGUAACAAAAUGAUGAAGAACACUUUACUCUGGGAGACGCUGAAGACCGUGGAGCAGCUGGAGGUGGCCUUCGAGGAGACGCUGCAGACUAUAGACCACAUCAACACGCGCUAUAGCACGAUGUCUCUGCUCACGAAAACAGCCGAGAGACACCAGCGCCUGUACGAGUCGGAAAUCCAGGCAGCCAUCACAGGAACCACGACGAGCAGACACAAGAUUCACAGUAAUCCAAAGAAGCGCAACAAAAAACGGCGCAUAAAGAAACGAAACAGCAAAAAAAACCGAACGAACCCAAAAACUCAGGUGGAGCUGCCCGUCCUGGAGCUGCAUGCGAACUGCCAGUGCCAGCUGAAUGUGAACGGUUCGAAUACACAGUUGCAAACUGGGAAUGAGCACUUGGAACAGGAUUACAUAGAUGGCGAGCUUACAUCUGAAGCGCCAGUGACUAGCAAUGGGUGGGGCAUGUCCGAGGGCUUGGAUCGAAUCGAUCUCAACCUCAGCGCCUGCAACACCGAUUGCUGUCCCUGUUGCCAAACAUAAGAGUUCUAUAAUGUAUAUUAGUGGUAUUCCCUCAAAAUAAAUAUGCAAA